CCCACAUCGUUGAUUCCAAGAGCCGGUGUCUGACGGAGAUAUUGCUCAUACACCGUCUUCCCUGUUUACAUCGUUUAACUGUUUACAAAACAGUGCGGGGAACAGCUGUGUUUUCACUUUAGCCUUUAAUGUGAAUGCAGAUAUCCAUACGCCGGGCUAUAUUUCCCUGGAUUCACAAGCGGCUUUUCUUCCAUCCGGAUGAGAGGACCCUUACCGCAUUUUUGUUCCAGCAACGUGGACUUUAAGCUCUAUACGGGAGACAGGAUAGUCGUACUAUCGGAAUAAAAUUGCUGUUACAAACCAAGACGAAGAACACACGCAUCUUAACCCUGUGUUGGAUCUAUCCUUGAAGGAAUGCUUCUUUCCAAGCUCAAUUCUUUGGCCCAUAUCUCCACCGUAGACAUGCCGGUGAAAAUGCAGCUCCAAGUUCAGCAAGGGAAGGAGAGGGAGCCCUUCGAGAAGCUUUAUCAGGUCGGCGGGGUUCUUGGCAGUGGAGGCUUCGGCACCGUCUACACCGGUACGAGGAUAGCUGACGCAGCUCCGGUUGCUGUCAAACAUGUGGCCAAGGACAGAGUCUCCGAGUGGGGAGAGCUGCCUAAUGGCUCGCGGGUCCCUAUGGAGAUCGUGCUGCUGAAGAAAGUGGGCACGGGCUUCCGCGGCAUUAUCAAAAUGCUGGACUGGUUCGAGCGACCGGACAGCUUUAUCAUCGUGAUGGACAGGCCCGAAAACGUGAAGGACCUGUUUGACUUCAUCACGGAGAAAGGUGCCUUACCGGAGGAACUGGCGCGGAGCUUUUUCCGCCAGGUGCUGGAGGCCGUGCGGCACUGCCACAACUGCGGCGUGGUGCACCGGGACAUCAAAGACGAGAACAUCCUCAUCGACCUCCGCACCGGAGAGGUGAAGCUCAUCGACUUCGGAUCUGGAGCCCUGCUAAAAGACACCAUAUACACAGACUUUGAUGGCACACGAGUGUACAGCCCGCCAGAGUGGAUCAAAUAUCACCGCUAUCACGGACGCUCCGCUACAGUUUGGUCCCUGGGGGUCUUGCUGUACGACAUGGUGUGUGGGGACAUUCCAUUUGAACAUGACGAGGAGAUCACAAGAGGGCAGGUCCUUUUCCGCAGAAGAAUCUCCACAGAAUGCCAGCAGCUGAUCAAGUGGUGUCUGUCUCUGCGGCCGGCAGACCGCCCGUCCUUUGAGGACAUCACCAAUCACUCGUGGAUGCAGAGCACAUCCUCCUCUGUCAUCCCAUCCAUGGUGCAGACGGAGAAGACUAGCACGGAGAUCAGGCUGCACAGCAUCGCCCACGAGCCCACGGCAUUCACGCCCACCUCAGUGGCCGUGUCUCGGUGAUGGAGGCAAACAGAACUGGACUGCACUGAGACUAUUACAAAAGACUUAUGUAACAGACUUGAAGCUGAGAGGAAGGGCGUGGGGCAGCGCAUAGGCCGGCGCGUGGGGCAGCGCACAGGCCGGUGCGGGGCAGCGCACAGGCCAGCGGUCCUGACACAGGCACGAGUAGGGUGUUAAAGGACUACACACAUAGAAAACCGAGGUCAUGACUAAACGAUCAUGUCUCAUUUUCAACCUGGCAGGCCAGACCCUCCCCACCCCAACUACUUGAUUUUCCCAGCGUUUGGGUAUUUAUCAGACUGUAGGAGGGCAUGCUUUGUGUGCACGGACACCUGCGUUGAGCAAAUGCAGUACAAGCGUUCGCUGUUUGCUGAAUGGCAAGCUGCAUUAUGUAACCUCUCGCUGCACGGCUCUCUCCCCUCAGUAGAGUGGGAAGAGCAGAGGCGUUGGCGCAAAAGAGGAUGCGCGAUAAAAAACAAACAAGAAAAGUGCCUUUUGUGAGAUUGUUUUGGGGGGACCCUGAAAAUACUUGAAUUUGUGAAAGCAAAAAAAAGGCUCUUCUCAGAGACCUUUUUUGCUCCUUACUCUGUACAAGGCUUUAUAUUGUUUAUUGCUGUUUUCUUUCCUCUCAUGGGCCUAGAUCAGUAAAGUCUAUGUCAUUUACAACCGCUGCUAUCACUACUACUCCAAUGUGAUGAGCAACCAGACAACCUCAUUGCUCUGGCAGCAACCUGUGCAAACAAACCCUAAAAAAGAAACACUGGACUUACCUCUCUCUCUUUACUACAGCAUCCACCUCCACUCUACAACCUCCGCUUCCUCUACAUCUCGUGUCGUACUCUAUACAAACACGAAGCUGUUCACAUCCACCCGAAUGCACAACACAAUGCAAUCAUACCGAAAUACAACAUCCUCUGCUCUUCACUUCAAAUUGGUUUUAAAUGUUUAAACAGUGCCUCACACAGGUCUUAAAAAUUCAGUGGGGACAACAAUUGUAAAUAAUAAUAAUAUUUAUUAUUGCCGUGACUUUUUUCUCACUCGAUGAGCGCAGAAUUUAUUUAUUUAUUUAUGAGAAUUUCUGGCUGUUUUUGUAUAUAUUUCAUUCCACAGUCACUGAAGGGCCCACAGAUUAUUUAAAAAGAUAAGCAAAGACUAGAUGAAUUUAUUCUGACAAUAUUUAUAGCUUGACAUUUUUUUUAAAGAGCAGAUGUUUGUAUGUUUGUGUAUGUCAUGUAAAUAGUUCCAAAGUAGUUCCAUCUUAAUGUAUCUAAACAUUGGACGUCUACUGGUAACAGGUUUUGUUAGACUGUUGUCUGCUGUGGGAGCAAGUGGAUUCUGUGUGUGUGUGUGUGUGUGUGUGUGUGUGUGUGUGUGUGUGUGUGUGUGUGAGAGAGAAUGAGAAAAGUUAUCUGAUUUAAUGAUUGCAGAUUGGAUUGUUUAUUUUUCAUCCAUUUGAAUUGUAAAUUAUGUUAGAAACUAUUUUUAUACGAUUUCAAUAAAUAUAUUUUUAACUAUGA